UGAAUGCGGUUUAGGUGUUUACGCGGUUCGGAGUAAAACCCGUGAAAAAACGUAUCGAUUGCCGUGUAGCCCGUUAAAAGUAAUCGCGUACGAUCCAUUUGGCGAGCCAGUUGCACCACGCGGUGAUAGAAUGAGCGGCAGCGACGGCGAGGACGGUCAAUGCAACAGGACAAGAGAAAGCAACGUAGCAGCGAUGGGUGACGUUCUCGCUAAGAAACACGCAGACGAUGCAACUCGCGAUGGCUGCACUGAUGCGAACGACGAUCCCACGCUACAGGGCACGGACCCCGUCGCCGAUUACGGGGACGACGCUGUCAGGUCUCCUGUCGUCGCGGACGCCGUUCCUGUCGUGAACAUGGCGCCAAAUGAGAGCGCGAUCAUUGCAUUUAUUAAGGGUGCAAGAGAUCCUGAGACCAUUGAGCAGAGCUCACGGAGAAAGAGUUUGGACAAUGUUGUAGAGAAUUUGAACAGCAGCAGUAUAGAUAGUCCUUCUAGAGGAAAAGAUGCAUGCUCCUGUGAUAUAUUUAAAGCUAAGAGAGAAUUGUUCAGAGAGGAACUGCAGAAGGCUAUGAAGUUUCAAAAUCUAUGGACUGAAUUGAGACAACAUAUACGGACCUCUUUUAACGCCGCAUUGGAAGCCUCUUGUACUUCAGGAAGCUUACAACUGCAACAGAGCGUGCUUUCUGUAGAUAAUAUGCAUGAUAUUGUUCUACAACUAUGUAAGAGGGAUCCCCGCCAGUUGUUCAUGAGGCUAGUGAGUCAGGCGCAGGAAUUUGUUGUAGAAGUAAAAGUUCGAUUGUUAGCUCUUCUACAUGAUCGUAGUGUAAAUAACUUAGCAGAAAUUUUUCUUACAGGUCUUUUAGAUGAUUACGACGCGUUGAUAUCGACGGCUUCGCAGAUUUCUGAAUUAGUUAAACCGUUGAAGGAUCAUCUGUGCAAGUUUAAUUUGUCGUGGGAUUGUUUCAUUAAAAAGUUGUAUCAGAUUUAUGUAUACGAUGAUCCGUUGGUACAAAACAAUUUGCCGUCUUUCAUUGUACAGUUAAGGAAACUGUUGCCUUUGAAAGGCACGGAAUACCAAGAUCUCGUUCAUCGAUAUUUAUCAUUUGAUGAAGAGAUGACGGUAAUAGGGGACCUGUGGCCAGAAACUGAGCCAUGGAUGGACAAAUACAAUGCAGAACAAGCAGUUCGAAUGACCAGGCUCAGGCAAAUAAGGGAGGCCUGGGAAUUGUUCACAGCGAGUAGGAAACUUAUGGAGCAGCACAUGUUGAACAAAUCGCCCGUCGGUGGAAACGAAUUGCAAGAGGUCGAUGGUCAAUUGUCGACGCUUGCGUCACAAGCAAAAGUUGGUAUAUCUGGAAUGGACAGUAGGCCUUUAAGUCCAACUCCAGAUUUUAGUUUGGAUUCGCUCAAUAUGCCCCCGAGUAUUGAGAUAGUUCAAAUCUUGUUAGAUGACUGGAAUAAAGCUCAGCAUCAAAAAUUGGCCGACAUAACGGGCGUGCUGACGGCUACGGAUAUUUAUGUCAACGGUCAAGACGAUCCAGACUUUUCCGAUUAUGCUCGCGCGACUUGUCAUUUAGCUCAGAUCGCGAUUAAGUCUGUCAGGGCUCGUUACGAGGUUGGGUGUUUAGAAAACAAUGCAGAGGAAGAGAAACGUUGCGAAUGUCCCAUGUGUAUGGGACCUCCUCUAUCUCCGACCGACGAUGAAAGCGACACAGACAAUAUAGAAUUACCGUUAGAGAAUCCUUUUCCACAACUGAUCAAUGGUUUUUUAGAAGACACGGCAAAUUGUUCUGCAACGCAGGUGAAGAAAAAAGUGGAGGAGGCGGAGAGUACAGAGAUGGAGAACGAAGGAAAGGAGGUGAAAACUGUACCGGAGGAUACCGAUUUGAGAACGUCCGAACCGGAGCCAUGUGCGUGCGUGUAUCAGCACGCGAGGGAUCUGAUGAACAGGAAACGGAAGGUCCUCGAUCCUCUUUGUCUCUGUCUGUUGAACUCGAAACGGAAGUGGGUCACUUGUCCCUGUUUGACGGAAUCUGUACCUGAAAUGGUCGGUUUGAACAACCAUCCGAAGCCAGUGUCACCCUCCGCCGUGAAGACUAAUCAGGAACCAAAUAAACCAGCGGUGAAAACUGGCUCUACACAGUCCGCUCAAACGCAAACGAGGCAUUCUACAACGCAGACGCAGAGUACCACUCACAAUCAUACAACGCAUCAAGGUACGGCUCAUCCUCCGCACGCGCACGGACCAUUUCCAGACCUGGUGAAGAACACGGGUCCUCCUCACAGAUCUCACACACACAACAACCAUUCGUCGCACGCGUGUCACAAACAAGCGAACGUCGAGCACAUCAAGCGAGUGUCUUGCAACGACCUGAGUUCUGGAGACGGUGAUUGUUCGGACUCGGGGAGCAGUCAAGAGGACUCUUGUUCGACCAGUAGUUCAGCACAAAGAGACUCAAGUAGGCAUUGUGACUGUUGUUACUGUGAAGUGUUUGGGCAUGGAGUUGCCUCCGUAGCGCCGGUUAGUCGAAAUUAUAACGAAAUGAGGGAACGAUUAAGGCAGCUGUUGACCAAGAAAAAGGCUAAAAAGUGUAAAGCUGCGUGUAGCCCCUCGAAGAGCUCGUCGGAAUCUUUGUCGACUAACCCGAACACGGAAACGAAGGCGAUAACGAAUUGGGCGCCUAGAUCGAAUACACCGGUCUCGACCGCCUCCACGGUACAGCCGGACCAACGGGAUCAGAGAAACUUGGAGGAGCUGCUCGAGUUCAUCGAAGGAAAUCAAAACGGGAAAAAGGAUAAUAACAAGAAGGCGGAGAAAAAGGCUCGACAGAAGCAACGGAAGUUGGACGAGAAGCUCAAACGAGAUAGACAAGAAGCAGAAAGACAAAAGCUUAUAGAGCUGCAAAAAAAGACGCCGGAAGUAACGAUCACGGUCGUAGAUCCGCAGAAACCUGUUCCUCAAAGAUUAUUACCUCAGUGUAAUCUACCCGAAGUAUCUAUUUUACCUACGUCACCGCCAGUAGCAUUGCCGACUGUAAAGCAAUUAAGUAAUAAAAAGAAAGACAAGCAAGAAGUUUGUAGCAAUAGUAGUAACACUAGUAGCAGUAGCUGUAGCAGCAGUAGUUGUAGUACAAGUAGUAUAAACAGCAAAACGAAGACUGCACCUGUGAAUACGAAUCUAAAGAACAAAAGUAUUAAUAUCAGUAAGCUCGAUAAGACGGUGGUGUCCGGACAAACGAACAAGACGACCGCCAAAACUGACAAAAUUGACGUUGGUAACAAACCUAACAAACCGUUGACCAUCAGCAAUGGCGCAAACGGUAAACACAACGCGAGCAAUGCUGUGGAGAAGUCAUUGGCUCUAGACUUGAACGAUAAGAAAUUGACGAAGAAAGAGAGAAAGAAGCUGAAGAAAAUGGAGGAGGCGAAGGCGAAAGAAACGAAGAAACCGGUUCAAACGGAGACGCAGCCUCAGAUCGUGACCAUCAAGAGGGUGAUGGAGUCGAACAGCGCCGAACCGACGGUCACGAUCACGUUGAAGGGUCAAACACCGGCCGAGGAUAAAGUUCUGUUCACGCUGGUGAAUGGUCAAACGAAGGAGGUCGCUCUGCCGAAAUUGGAGAACGAGCAGAAUCAGAACAUCAGCGGGAAGAAGAAGAAAACCAAAGCGAACAACAACAACAACAACAACACGAACAACAACAACAAUUCGUUGCAGCAGGGGAACAAGCUGCAGCAGUCGAACAACUCGAAGCAACAGACGCAGAACAAAAUUUGCGAGAAGAACGCGAGGCAGCAGGCGAACAAUGAGAAGACCAAAGGUAAACAGGUGGACGAGAAGAAGCUUCAGCAGCAGUGUAUAACGGAGACGAAGACAAAGUCCAAAAAGGAGAAGAAGAACACGGAGAACAAGGAGAACGUGCUGCAGCAAAACGUGGUGAACAAGAACAAGAACGUGUCUAGCAAGAAGCAGACGAAAAUAAACACUCCUCCUCAGACGCCCAUAUCGCAGAAGACGUCGCAGAACAUGACCAACGAGAACCAGAAGAAGAAGGCCCAGCAACAGGAUAAGAACGGUCAGUUGAACUCGACCAAGAACAACAAAAUGGCGACUGCGAAUACCGUGAAUAAGCAAACGAAGAGCGACAAUCAGAAGCCGCAGAACAAAAUGCCCAGUCAGGUGACGAUCAAACAGCGACCGGAGGUUCAACCAGCUGCCACGGAACGAGUUAACUCGCCGCUGAGUAGUCAGUUCAAGGACAUCAGCGCGAACUCGAAGAUCAACAUAGAGAACUUGAAGUUGCCGCCUGGGAUCACGAUAACGAAGGUAGACGCGCCAGCGAAACCGUUACCGAUCAGAUCAGCGCCACUGCCCAAACCGGUGAACCCUCCGAAACAAACCACGAUUAUCGCUGCGCCGAUGAGCGGCGUUCAGUCGAGCUACGCCAGUCCUCAGGCAGGUGGCAACGUGAUCGUUGUGGACACUGGAAAACUGAAGCAGGAUCUCCUCCCUAAACCCGGAGAGAAGGACAUGCCUAAGGAAACGCAACAGACUCAGAGCAGCACAGGCAAGAAGAAGAAGAAGAAGAAUAAAAAUGGAGGAAAUUCUGGCAACAACGGUAAUCAGACAAUGGUGCAGAACAGUGAUCCGUUUGGCAACGAUCACGCGGACGAGCCCGCGAGAAUACUUCAUAAUCCCAAUACGAACACGGUGACCAUAAGGAAUCCAGCUUUUGGGCCGAUGAAAGUGCCACCGACUCAGCAGGCGGCCAUCAUAAAAGUAUCAGAAAACGGGAUGGUGACUAUCAGGAGUCCAGCGUUGCAGCAGGCGAUAAACGCGGGUCUGACGUCUCCGCCAAAGCCCGAUUAUAUAGUCAAAGGUGAUCUGUCGUCCAGGACACCGACGGACAGCACCAAUUUGAAGCACGUUAACGGUAUCAUUCCGUCGAGCCUCGCGGAGCUGAGGAGCAGACUGACGCCGGACUGCACGACGCUCAGCGGCCUGGCGAACAUUCAGAUCAGCAAGGUGACGAACGGUCAACCGAUACCCGAGAACGGUAUCAACCUGAAGGGGACCAGCGUCACGUUGACGAAAGUGAGGACCGACACUAGCAUCAAGGACGUGCAGAGCGCGAAAACGGCGGUCAGAGAGGCGAUAAACGCCUCGAUAGCUGCCACCACCGGCGGGAAGAGCAAGAAAAAGAAAAAACGGGGCGCGGGCGCUAGACAGUGCGGAGAUGACUGGAACCUCGUUGAGAGCGUAUUCACGCCCAAAGAUAUAGACCUCGAGGACGGUGAAAUGGACGACGCCGAGCGGGAACUGGAGGCCUUCAAGAGGUUUUGCCUGCAGUCGGUGCCGCCUCCGCGCAAGGAGAAGGUCAAUCUAAACAUCAAGGACAUCGUGCUGAAGAAGAAGUCGUCCUCCUCGGCGGCGGCCGCCGUGAUCGCCGCGAAUUGAUUUCUCACGACGUUGAAAAGCUUAGAACGCUUCUGACCCGCCACCCCCCCACCACCUCGAACUCGCGUCACCGCGCAGAAUCGACAGUGGCGUGGUGGGGGGGCUGAGAGUUACCCACCGAGAAUGGGAAACGAGCGCCGUUCGAGCCGCGCCACUCACGAGAUCAGACAAUAAUACACGAUUCUCCAUUGUUAAAACGCAACUUGUCUGAUGAUUUCAUUCGAACGCGAGAUCGCGCCACCUGCGCGUACGAAUCUCCGAACUGGCCCCGCGCUGGCAGAGAUUCCAACGCGAGCGUGUUAUCUCGUCGCGCGUCUCCCGAUCGUUCGGACUUUGGUCGAGCUUUACGAACGAGCAACAUGAAACGCGUUCGCGUCAAUCGUUUUCAAAAGCGUGGAUUAAAUUAAUCUGUUUCGCGCACGACCGACAAUUAGGGACAAACUUUAUUGU